GAUAUAUGAGGCUCACAACUCUUGCAUUUUUUGGGUCUCUGUUUGUCGUUGUAGCCAUGGCUAUGACUAUUACCAGUGCAGCCAAGCUCUCUUCUCUACCCUUCACCGUAUCUAUUGUCUCUUCUUCUUCUUCUUCUUCUUCUUCUUCUUCUUCCAAAGAAGCAAACUCGAACCCAAAUUCAGUGAAGCUAAGAGAUGAUUGGAGAAAACGGUCCAGACCCAUUCCUCCUGGAGGAACCUAUCCAGCCAAGGACCACUGCAGUCAAUGUGGGUUGUGUGAUACUUAUUAUAUAGCCCAUGUGAAGAAUGCUUGUGCUUUCUUAGGAGAUGGCAUGUCUAGAAUUGAAGGCCUCGAAUCUGUGGUCCAUGGCCGAGGGAGGAAAGAAGAUUCCUUAGAUGAGGUGUACUUGGGGGUCUAUGAGAAGCUACUAUAUGCUCGUAAAAGUAAGCCUGUUGAAGGAGCUCAGUGGACAGGGAUAGUCACAACAAUUGCAAUUGAAAUGCUGAAAGCAGGCAUGGUAGAAGCUGUCAUUUGUGUACAGAGUGAUCCAGAGGAUAGAUUCAAACCAAGACCUGUGUUGGCCAGGACACCAGAAGAAGUUCUAGCAGCUAAAGGUGUUAAGCCAACAUUAUCUCCUAACCUAAAUACUCUUGCCUUAGUUGAGGCGGCAGGUGUAAAGCGUCUCCUUUUUUGUGGUGUCGGUUGCCAAGUGCAGGCAUUAAGAUCUGUGGAGCACCAUUUGAAUUUGGACAAGCUUUAUGUGUUAGGCACAAAUUGCGUGGAUAAUGGAACUCGAGAAGGGCUAGAUAAGUUUCUGAAUGCUGCCAGCAGUGAACCAGAAACAGUUCUUCAUUAUGAGUUUAUGCAAGAUUACAAGGUCCAUCUGAAGCAUUUGGAUGGCCAUAUUGAAGAGGUUCCCUAUUUCUCUCUACCAGCAAAUGAUUUAGUUGAUGUGAUCGCACCAUCUUGCUACAGCUGUUUUGACUACACAAAUGCAUUAGCGGAUUUGGUAGUGGGAUACAUGGGCGUGCCAAAAUAUGGUGGAAUCAGCAUGACACAACAUCCACAGUAUGUUACUGUCAGAAAUGAACGAGGAAGAGAAAUGCUGAGUCUGGUUGAAGACCUAUUGGAGAUUACUCCAACAACUAGUGGCGGUGAUCGGCGUGCUUUUGUUAUCGAGACAGUUAAGGCAGAUGAUAAUGCUAAGUUCGGGAAGGGUCCUGCUCAGCCUGCCCCAAAGUUCAUUGGGAACCUAAUAGCAUUUAUUCUAAACUUGAUUGGUCCGAAGGGUCUAGAAUUUGCUCGUUAUUCGCUCGAUUAUCAUACCAUCCGAAACUAUUUGUAUGUAAAUCGUACAUGGGGAAAACAAAGAGCUGAUAGGCACAUGCCUUCAUAUGCAAAGAAAAUUGUUGCUAUGUACAACCAGAAUGGUGAGAUUGAUCAGAUGCUUUCCAACAAGUGAUUCUGUAAUGGAACCAAUGUGGAAAAUAGACAGCACCUUCUUCAUUUAUGUGAAAUUUUGUAUUUAGACGUGUGUGUGCGUGUAUUUGUUCUCUAGAAUGAUCGAUGAAACAUGUACCCGUAACAUUGCAUUCUCGACAUCACAAUGAUCUGAGAUCAAUGUUUGUAGGAUCCUGAGAUUGAUAUAUGCAUCUCCUGAACUGAUCACCAUGUAAUAAAACCAAAAUUAGAUUUUUGUUUUGUUUUUGGUCAACAAUGAACUUGAUAACAGAAUUGCAGUCUUUCUUGUGGGUAAUUACCGAACCAAUUUUGGUUGUGCU